AUGGCUGAAAUAAGCAGCACUUCUCCAGAAGAAAGGUCUGCUGAAGCCUCCUCCUCUGAGCUGAGGCGUGCUGAGGGGAGGGAGCGCCAGUGCUCCUCAGCAUCAGCAGCAGGAGAGCAGCAGCAGCAGGAGAGCAGCAGACAGAUCGCGUCUGGAGACCGAGAGCCGCUCACUCCUCAUCCAGCGCCGCCUCAUGAACCACAACCUUCUGCUGCUCCUGCUCUCCUUCAGUCUCCAUCAGACCGCUGCCAUUCUCCAUCUAUAGCUUCACAGGCCAGUGCUAGUCUUGCUAUGGAUUCAGUGGGACAUAAGGACUCGGCAGCAUUCGAUCCCGAUGUGCUGAGCCAGUCAGACGACGACUUCAUGUUCGAAACGAGAAAGAAUCCAUUCCAGGCGUUUCCCCCCGUGAGCGACGACUUUGGCGAGACCACUGCUGCCAGGAGAUCAGUGGAGGUGUCAGAGAGUCCGUCUCCAGACCUGGUGCAGGACGCGUAUGAUGAAGCUCAUGCGCAGUCAGAGGAGCUCGAACAAGACACUGAUGCUGACGCACCCGUCUCCCUUUCAUAUGCUCCGUCCCACCUUUUCUCAGAAAUCAACACGACGUCUGAUGACCGACCGACGUCUCUCCCAGAUAUUCUCAAGUCGUCUCCGCUGAACCCUGACAAACUGGACUCGGGCUCAUCAGAAGAAAGCCCUGAUUUCAGCCCGGUUCACAGAAGUGUGGACAAUUCCCCAAAUUCCCCAUUCCCUGCUAACAGUCCGAUUGGAUUUGACUCCAAGAUCUUACUGCUGAAGGAGAUGACUGAGGAGACGGAGGCCAGAGCUGUGCAGAAGGCCAAACUGGAAGCAGUGCAAAGUUUUGCCGCUUUCGAUCUUGUGAAAGAGACAGACGUGCCUCCGAAGAGCGACGGCCUUCUGAAGGACAAAGAGGAUGCUGAGGUGUUCAGCCAGACUGCAGUUCAGACGGCUGACAGAUUUGAGUGUCUUAGCUUCCCCAGCGGAACGUCUCGAGAACCGUCUGAUUCCGAGAGUCCAUCUGCAGACUCCUUCUCCCCGGUGCUGGACGCAGUCACAGAGGAGCCAUCGAGCUUCAGCGCGGAGCAGGAGCGGCGAGCCAUCCAGGGGGCAAUGGACACCGCUGAGGAGGUGUCCGAGCAGGAGGUCUCGUCUGAAGAGUUCGAGUUUGUGGAGCGGCCGCCGCGAGGAGCCUCUGAGGAGUUUCUGGAAAUGCAGGACAGCCUGGCAUUCAUUAAACCAUCAGAAAUGCUGCAGGAUGAGGACAGAUCUCCUAAACUCGAGCCUCAGGAGGCUGCAGAUCACAUGCAUGCAACCGAAGACGCAGAAAAUCAAAGCUCUUACCAUCUCCUCACCCAGGCGUCAGACAAACCUUCCCCUGCGAGAGGUGAAGCAGGCCUGGAAUCUGAUUUGCAGGAAAUUUGCCCAGCUCCUGUAAUCCAUCCUCCAGUGGAUAAGACCGGAGCUAAGGAGGAGGAAGCUGAAGUGGGCAGCAUGUGUGAUCUAAGCGCAGCAGCAGUUCUGGAGCUGCUGUACUGGCGGGACGUGAGGUCCAGCGGGCUGCUGUUCGGCUGCAGCCUCUUCCUCCUGCUCUCCCUCCUCACCUGCAGCAUCAUCAGUGUGCUGUCCUACUCCACACUGGCUCUGCUGUCCGUCACCGUUCUGGAGCUGCUGUACUGGCGGGAUGUGAGGUCCAGCGGGCUGCUGUUCGGCUGCAGCCUCUUCCUCCUGCUCUCCCUCCUCACCUGCAGCAUCAUCAGUGUGCUGUCCUACUCCACACUGGCUCUGCUGUCCGUCACCGUCUCCUUCAGGAUAUACAGGGGAGUCCUGCAGGCCGUCCAGAAAUCUGAUGAGGGACAUCCAUUCAAACGGUACCUGGAAAAGGAUGUAGCUUUGUCUAAAGAUGUGGUGCAGAGACACAGUGAUGCCGUUCUGAGCCGGAUCGACCGCGUGUUGAAGGAGCUGCGGCGGCUGUUUCUGGUGGAGGACCUGAUCGACUCGCUGAAGUUCGCAGUGUUUCUGUGGGUCCUCACGUAUGUCGGUGCCUGGUUUAACGGACUCACGCUGCUCAUUCUCGGUCUGAUUGGAGCUUUCAGUGGCCCAGUAGUCUAUGAGAAACACCAGACGCCGAUCGAUCAGUUCAUUUCCACACUGAAGAGCCGGGUGAAGGAUGUCAUGGGCCAGAUUCAGGCCAAGGUUCCUGCAGCGAAGAAGAAGUCUGAGUGAGUCUGGAGCGGCUCUGAUCUCCACUCCUCAUCUUCUGCUCUAACUCUGUGUCUGUCUCUGUCUGUUUUCUUCACUCUUCGGUUCGUUCAUAUGACCACAUCUUCAUGAAGUUGCUCCAACACUGAUUGUGAAACACUGGUUGCAGAAUAAAUGAAAUAUCUUGUUUAAUGUGAGGCUUUCAGAAAAUGAAAUGCACUGCAAGUCUGCUUUCUUUUUAAUGAGGGAAGUUGAAGGGUGCCAGUUUUGGCUUUUCGUGGUGUUUUAGUUCAUAUGACUGUGAUUUUACUGGAUUGAUCUUAGCAAUGUUUCUAGACGAGAGUAGAUAUCAAGACAUCUGAGCUCACCUGCAGGAUAAUCUCUGGAUGAACAUGUUUACACGAAGCUUCCUCAACAGAAGUUAUUGUAUUUAAAUCUAUUUAUCUCUGGACCGAUUCCUAAAGCGAGCAGCGUUUGCCAUGCCAGUAACUGUGAAUGAAACACGUCCCGCUGUCUGAGCUCUGUGAAUGCAUUCUGAGAUGUUAAUGAGAAUGAAUAAAGCUUCUAGCUCGAUCAGUGACCUGCUUGAGAUUAUUGGAGCUUGUCUGAAAUGCAGGAAAUUCAAGCACAUGAUCUGCUGUUCAGCAUUAUUGCAGUCAUGCGUUCACCAGUGUUAUUAUACUGACACUCACAUACUGUUAUA